CAGUCAUAUGUGUGGCGAAAUUGUUGCAUUAUUUCAUAUUUUCAAUAGCUACACCUGACCGUUAUGCACUUCGAUUUCGGUUACGAAUCCCGCUUAUCACAGUUAACUGAUGAUUAAACCCGGGCAUAAAAGCUGCGCUUCCAGACCAUCCAGCAUCAGUAGUUAAAAUGAGAUCAUUCUCAGUUCUUGUGGUGGCAGCAGCCUUGGCGGUUGCAUCCGCUGCCUUCGUUCCCAAUACCAGCCAGGUUAAAUACGCUGACAAGGAGUGGCUUCACAAACAGGAAGAUCUGCUGUUGCUGUUCCGUCAUCUGUACCAGAAGGAUUGGAAUCCACAGUUGGUGGCCUAUGCUAAGAAUUUUCUGGUAGAGAAGAGCUUCCACUUGUAUGACAAUGAGGAUGCUGCCAGGGAGUUCUGGACGUACUACAACCAUGGAAUGCUGCCGAAGGGUGAAGUGUUCUCCGUAUUUAAUGAAGUGCAUCGUGAGCAGGCAGUUGCCUUGUUCCACCUGUUCUAUUACGCCAAGGAUUGGGAUACUUUCUACAAAACGGCCGCAUGGGCUCGUUACUACAUGAACGAAGGUAUGUUUGUGUACGCGUUGACGGUUGCCGUGACUCAUCGACAGGAUUUCGCUGGAUUUAUCCUUCCUGCGCCAUAUGAAAUUUAUCCUUAUUACUUCAUCAAUACGGAAGUGAUUCAAAAAGCCCAACAGUACAAAAUGCAGGGUUAUUAUGGAAUGAAGAAAGUUGGUGAAGUGUAUACUGCUGUCGUUACCAGUAAUUAUACCGGUUGGUACAUGCACACAAAUCCCGAACAGAAAAUUUCCUACUUCACUGAAGAUAUCGGCCUCAACACCUACUACUAUUAUUUCCACAUUGACUACCCCUUCUGGAUGGGUGGUAAGGAAUUCGGCUUGUACAAGGAUCGUCGAGGUGAGCUGUACCUCUAUGAACAUCAGCAAAUUUUGGCUCGCUACUAUCUGGAACGUUUAUCUAACGAUCUCGGACACAUCCCUAAAUUCUCCUGGUACUGGCCAGUGAAAACCGGAUACUAUCCGGAUCUGCAGUACUACAAUGGACAUACUUUCCCGAAUCGUGAUAACUUCUACUUUGUGAACCAGGAAUCCAACUACUAUGACAUUCAGUUGGUGGACGAUUACGAACACCGCAUUCGGGAAGUGAUAGAUCGUGGUUUCUUGGUGAAAUCCGACGGUAAAAUGAUCAACUUUACUACUCCGGAAGCCAUCGACUACCUCGGAAAUCUGAUUCAGAGUAACCCGGAUAGCUACGACACUCGUUACUUCAAGUACCUGAGCAUGUUUUCGCGCAUCAUUAUGGGAGCUGCCGUGGAACCAGUUGAGGCCUAUCAGGUGAUCCCAAGUGUCCUGGAGCAUUUCGAGUCAGCCCUGCGGGAUCCAGUAUUCUACCAGAUUUACAAACGUAUCAUCCAAUACUACUACCAGUUCAAGAAUCACCUCCCUGCCUAUACUUACGAAGAACUGUACUUCCCAGGAGUUAAGAUCGAUGAUGUAGUCAUUGAUAAGCUUGUGACGUACUUCGACCGGUUCGACGUAGACAUCACCAACGCCAUUGACAUUGAACCCGAACCUUACGUUGAGGGCAAAUAUGACGGAUUCGGUGAGAUCGAGUAUAAGCCUGAUCCGGUUGUGAUCAAGGCCCGCACUAUCCGAUUGAAUCAUAAGCCUUUCACCUAUAAAAUUAGUGUCACAUCCGAAAAGCCUGUCAAGACCGUCGUCCGAGUUUUCAUUGGACCCAAGUACGAUGAAUUCGGGGCGCAGUAUAAACUCAACGAAAACCGUGAAAACUACUACGAGCUGGACUACUUCGUGUUCGACCUGGUUCCUGGAAAGAAUGUAAUUACUCGCAAUUCGCUGAGUUUCAACGGAUACGUGAAGGAUCGCACGUCGUUCUACGAGUUGUACAAGAAGGUUAUGCUGGGAUACAAGGGUGAUGAAAAGUUCCCACUGGAUAUGUCCGAGGCGCACUGUGGUUUCCCGAAUAGAUUGAUGCUCCCGAAGGGAAAGAAGGGCGGUAUGCCGUUCCAGUUCUUCUUUAUGCUCUCGCCACACUACGCACCAGAAGUCCCGCAGUACACCGGAUUUGAUCCGGUCGUGUCCUGUGGUGUCGGAUCCGGUGCACGAUACUUCGACAAGCUGCCGUUUGGCUAUCCAUUUGAUCGCAAGAUUGAUGAGACCUACUUCCACGUGCCGAACAUGUUCUUCGAGGAUGUUGUGAUUUUCCACAAGAAAGAAGGUGAUGUCAAUACCGUGGUUUAAGUUUCCCUCGAUCGAUCCUGUUUAGACAUUGAGUCUACGAAAUUAGAUUCCCCACAUCGAGUUGAGGAAUCCAGAUUCGUUCGCGCUAUAAUGUGAUAUUGUUUGUAAUAAAAAGAUGAGCGUACGAAACGUUUAAUGAAAAA